AUUUUUAUUUUUCUAAUUUUUGACUGUUGAACGGCCAACAGUUAGUCUAAAGAGGGAGCUGGUUGCCCCUGGAUCUUCAACGUUUGAUUCCGCGAGCGUUUCGAUAGUUCUCAGUCGCUGCAAUUCCCAUUGUUUUAAAUUUCAGCAGCAACGAUGAACCGCUUCCAUUAACAAUCAAUUAUGAAACAAUUCAAACUCCUUCUGUCCCUCUUAGGGUUUCUGUUGUGUGUAAAAACAGGGGUUCACGGGGAAUCGUCGACCUGCUUGACCGUGUACAAGGAAGGUGGUGCUCCGGCGGUGUUCCAAUCGCCAAAAUGCCCCCGCUGGAAGCUCUCAAAUUAUGCUUCCCGUCGUACCAUUGCCUGCCAGUCGGCCAUUCACCAGGGACGAAGAAGGUCUCAGGAGGAUCGCACUCUCUGCGCUCUAGAUGUUCACAUUCCAUUACUCGGUUCAAUGGGGAUUACAGAGGUGACAGUUGGAAUUGUGGCAGUUUUUGAUGGUCAUAAUGGUGCAGAAGCUAGUGAGAUGGCCUCAAAGCUUUUGUUGGAGUAUUUUGUUUUGCAUACUUACUUUCUUCUUGAUGCAACAUAUUCUGUUUUAUUGAAGAAAUCCAUGGCAAGGUUGCCAAAUGUGGGAGAUCACGAUGUUCUUAACUGGGGUGAGGAACUACAUCGUCGUGGAUCAGAUCUUGCAAGGUUCAAAUUCACAUUGCCAGAACUUUCCGAUGGAUCUUUUCACUUGGAUAUUUUGAAGGAAUCCUUGUUGAGAGCAAUCCAUGAUAUUGAUGUGACAUUUUCUACGGAUGCUUUGAGAAACAAUCUUGAUUCGGGUUCAACAGCCACGGUUAUACUAAUAGCAGAUGGUCACAUUUUAGUUGCUAAUGUUGGUGACUCAAAAGCUCUAAUGUGCUCAGAAAAAUUUCUGUCACCUGCCGAAGCUAGAGCCAAAUCAUUUAGGUUAUACAGGCAGCAGAGAAGUAGUGGUGCUAUUUCAUCAGUAAAAGAUUAUGCAAAAUUAAAAGUGACCUCCAACAGGUUGGCACACUUUUUUGUUAAGGAACUGACAAGCGAUCAUCAUCCAGAUAGAGAUGAUGAAAGGUUUCGAGUGGAAUCUGCUGGUGGUUAUGUUCUUGAGUGGGGUGGAGUGUCUCGAGUCAAUGGACAGUUGGCUGUUUCUCGAGCUAUUGGCGAUGUGUCAUUUAAAGGUUAUGGCGUUACAUCUGCUCCUGAGGUGACAGAUUGGAAAGCUCUGACUACCAAUGAUAGUUAUCUGGUGGCUGCCUCUGAUGGCAUUUUUGAAACUCUGAGCCCGCAAGAUCUUUGUGAUAUAUUGUGGGAAUUGCACAAUCAUGGUACAGUGAGAUCAGAAUUAUAUUCUUCAUGCUCAGACUCGAUGGCUGAUUGCAUAAUAAAAACUGCCUUUGAAAAAGGCAGUAUGGAUAACAUGGCAGCUGUUGUGGUUCCACUGAGAUCAACUGAAUUUUAUCGAAGAUUUAUGAAGCAAAGGUGUGGCAGCGAGGGUGACAUUAAUUGCCCAGCUCUAGGAUUGCAGACACUUAUAUUUGAACAAACAGCCAAUGACAUCGCUUCUGAUCGAGUACAUUUAGAUCAUGCUCAUCCAAUUACAGCCACAUUUGACAGGUUAUUGGUUGAAGGGAAACGUGGCAGUUUGGGCUGUUUUUAUUUAUCUGAGAACCUUAAUGAAAACAUGGAAGCAGCAUUUGAAAUUCAAAAGGAUGAUCAAAAUAAUCUACUUCAAGCUCUACCUGAUGUCCCUGAUCACCAAUAUGGUGGAUAUCUAAAUUUGUAUAGAGACCAGAAUCUUUGCUUGCACUUUGGGAUGACUGCUGAUGGAAUUAGAGAUCAAUGCAGAAACACUGAGGGAUUUGAUAAUUUCCUCAGUUUGCUUGAGUCAAUUCCUUUUCAUUCUACUGGUUCAAAUUAUAGAAUGAUUGAGCAUGACAUGCCCAACUUGAGGUAUAUGCUAAAGAAAAGGUUUGAUCGUGGAUCAUAUGGUGAAGUUUGGCUGGCUUUCCAUUGGAAUUGUUCUCAAGGUCACAAUGCUUCAAACUGGAGUUCUAAAAACAGAAAUUUCUUGUUUAAUACAAAUAAUCUCAAGUUUGAUGACAAAAAUUCACAAUGGAAGUGGAACUUCUCUUCUCAGAAUUGUCGAGCUGAUCCUCUUGAUAACUUGUUUGUUUUGAAGCGUAUAAUGGUUGAGAGAGGGACAACUGUUUACUUGAGUGGUUUACGUGAGAAGCAUUUUGGUGAAAUUUUUUUAAAUGCUUCGACAGUUCUUAGCGAUUCGUUAUUGGUUGGAACAUCAAACUCUUUCUUGAACGGAUCGGAUUUGGAUAUAUAUGGUCUUAUGGGAAUGAAGAAUUCUGGUGUCCAAGAGUUAGAAAACACCUGGAAUUUUGAAAAUGUAUACCAAAACAGGAAUAGAUUGCAUAGGCAUGUGUACGAAGAAGGUUUGAACCAUAUUGCGAGAUAUGUAGAAUCCUUUGAGUCUCAAUCUAAUGAAAUAUGGCUUGUGUUUCGUCAUGAAGGAGUGUCUCUAUCAAAGGUUAUGUAUACAGCAGAAGAAAUAGAAAAUGAUGCUGAUGAAGAAAGGGAUGAAGGAAUAAAGCAUGUGCAGGUUUUGCAUCCAUCAAAGUGGUGGCACUGGUUGAAGACAACAGAGGCAGGCCAAGAGGAAAUGCGCAAUCUUAUAUGGCAGUUGUUGGUCGCACUCAAAUCCUGUCAUGAUCGCAAUAUCACCCACAGGGAUAUAAAGCCUGAGAACAUGGUGAUUUGCUUUGAAGAUCCAGAAACUCGGAGAUGCUUGAAAGGAAGCCCAAGUGGAGAGAAGAAAUACAACACCAAAAUGCGCAUUAUUGACUUUGGCAGUGCAAUUGAUGAAUACACUGUGAAGCAAUUGUAUGGAUCAAUUGGGCCUUCUAGAGCUGAACAAACUUUUGAGUAUGCUCCUCCAGAGGCUCUUCUGAAUGCUAGUUGGUACCAAGGGCCAACAAGCAUGACCUUGAAGUAUGAUAUGUGGAGCGUUGGUGUUGUGAUCUUAGAGUUGAUUUUAGGAUCGCCAAAUGUUUUUCAGAUAAAUGCUCUGACGCGUACACUUCUAGAUCAGCAUCUUGAAGGUUGGAAUGAAGGCUUGAAGGAGCUUGCUUACAAACUCAGAUCAUUCAUGGAAAUGUGCAUCUUAAUCCCUGGUAGUUCCUCAAAACAUCAGCGCAUUGUAGGUACAAAUGACCUGGGUGGAGUUUCACCUGCUUCUUGGAAGUGCUCUGAAGAGUUUUUCUCCCUUCAAGUAAAGAGUCGAGAUCCUCUCAAACUGGGGUUUCCCAAUGUUUGGGCUUUGCGGUUAGUGCGUCAAUUACUGCUGUGGGAUCCAGAUGAUCGAUUAAGCGUUGACGAUGCUCUGCGGCAUCCCUAUUUCCAGCAUCCUAAAAGAUGAGCAAGUGAAGAAAAAAAAAAACAUCCUUUCUUCCUUUCGCAUGGGUCCUUUGCGCUUGGAAGUUGCAGGAUCAACUUCUCAUUCUGCCAACCUUCAAAUUAUUUGUCAUCUCAUGAGUGGGAUUCAGAAAAGCAAACGAGUGAACUUCACAAGGAACCAUUUUUAAAAGCAAGGAUCGUUAAUUCGCUGGUGAUGUACAGAAAAUGCCGCAAUUUGUUAAGUCUGGAUGGGGACUGGUGAAUGGCAGCCAUUUUUCAACUGCAUCAUCAAAUGUCUCUGCUGCAUCUUCUGUUGUACAGGCGGGUGAUUUCCACUGUCGUAAAUGAAAAAAAAAACCAGUAAAUUAUAACCCUUACACGUAAACAAAUUCAAUACCGUCGAGUUAUCUUCUGCGUCUAAGAUCUCAUUGUGCAUUGUUAAGAUAUUAUUCAGAAGCUCUGUUGAAUAUGCUUCGUCCUUGCAACAUGUAAAUUUUGCUGCGACACUCCUCCCUUCCUCUCUAAUGCUAUUUUACGCAUAUUCAGCAAUUAAUUAUCAAUGAAAAAUAACUUAAAAUUCAGAUUAAGAAA